AGCCACCAGCUCUUUUAAGGAUUUCAGAUGUGUCCCUAAUGGAGAGAACUUUGGCUCUGCUACGGAGUGGAAUUAGCUGUCUGGAUCAGCUAUAAGGAGGACUUCAGGAGAAAUGCAAGUACAGUGUGUGUGCUGUGCUGGCUGAAGGUGAAACCAUGGCAAGUACAUCGCUGUGUGCAGCUAAUCCAUCAGCAUCUCAGAAUCUUCAGAAGGUGUCUGGUUUUGUAGAAAAUAAAACCACACAGUGCUCAUUUUCCAUCGAAAGUAUUUUAGGAUUGGAGCAGAAGAAGGAUGGCAUUGCAGCAGUGAAACCUCACAGACCGUGGAUGGAUGCAUGCACCAACUUGGUUUUAGGUGAUGACAGUAAUUCCCAUCUGCAAAUCCCUGUUGUUUCCUAUGAAAAUUCAUUAUUCCAUGCUAACAGCAAUACAGUGCAAGAGGAAAAAGUUUUGAAAUGUGACAAAUAUUUUUCAGUCACUGAAAGGCUAUCUUUCAAACGAGAAUUGAGCUGGUACAGGGGUAGAAGACCAAGAACUGCUUUCACUAGAAGCCAGAUUGAAGUCUUGGAAAAUGUUUUUAAAAUGAACUCCUACCCUGGCAUUGAUAUCAGAGAAGAAUUAGCUCGCAAGCUAGAUUUAGAUGAAGACAGGAUCCAGAUCUGGUUCCAGAACCGUCGUGCAAAACUGAAGAGAUCACACCGAGAAUCCCAGUUUCUAAUGGUGAAAAGUAACUUCACCUCCAGCCUGCUAGAGUAGGAGAAGGAUGGUUUGCCUUUAUUUUACUGUAACAGGACUUGAAGAAUUACUGGCGUUGUCAUUAUUUGUAUUAAACAAUGAUCAUAUAUCAAUUAUGAUUUUAUCCCUAGAUUUGAAGGAUUAUGAUUUUUCACUCAAACUGUAAAUAUGUGAAGUAUUAUAAACUAAUUUUUGUGGAGAAAGUGAACUUUUCCUAUAUAUUUUAAUAAAUAUGUUCAGAAAAGUUUAGAUAUUUUUUGCAGUUAAAAAAUAAACUGUAAGUUCUGAGUUGUGUAAGAUUUUCAGCUACUAUGAAGUACUUCAGGCUUCACUGAAGGCAACUAAGAUCCCUACUUUUAAAGCCUAUAAUUCUUAACAUGCAAAAUAGUUUUUUAUACGUGAAACAGAUUAGCUAUUUACAUUCUAAUGAACAGAUUUUAAGAAGAGUAUGACCUCAUUUUCUAAAACGUUGCUCUCCAUGAAAAUAAAUGGACUGGUAUUAAACUGGUUUCAGUUUGAACAAUUGUUUCAUUAAAAUAAGCUUAAAACUGUAAUCUUUUUAAUAUAUUUUAAUUCAUUUCUGUUUAGAAUAUUAUUUGUCUACUUGUCUACUUAGUGCUUCAAUUCAGAUAUCUCCUCUCUUCUCAGUGUGAACCAGGUGUAAGGCUAUUCUGAGUUUUUAUACAUGGCUGACAUGAAUAAUAGGUUUUAUUCUGAAGCAAACUAUAUCUGUAAUAAUCAAAGAACUGAACUGAAUUGUUUCAUCUGGUACAAAGAAAAUGGUUUUAAUAUACAAGAUGGAAAAGCAAGAAAGUACUAUAGGACAAAGCUUUAAAAAUUUAUAAAUCUUAAACUAGCAAUUUCUUCUUGAAGUAAUGUCUAGCUACUGAGCUGUUACAUAUUCUGGUGUUGGUUUCCAGAUUUCUUGAGGAAACAGUUGUUUUGUAUGAAGUACUUUGAUAUUCACUGGAGGGAAGAACUGAAGCCCAAGUCUUCAGGCUCGGUUACCAGGCUGAUGCAGGCCCUGGCAUUUAGUUUCUAUUAGAAUCACUCACAAGGACAUGAAGGAAGAAUGCUACUGUCAGUAUAGGUUAAAUGUGAUAACAAACAAAAGGCAGUGAGGGAAACAUGGAAAAAACGGUGUAAGUUCUUCUACUUUCUAGUUGUCCAAAUGCAGUUAGGUUAGUGCUCCAGGUUGGUGUUAAAACUUUUGAAGACCUAUCUUAACUGCUUCCAGACCAUUCUUGAUCACUACACCCCUUCCUAACAUGUGCUCUCCUCUUCCUUUAGCUUAAGAUCUUCCUUAGAAAUCUAUUCUAUUUUUCAGUUUUAGUAAUGGAUGAUUUAAUGUAGUUUUGAAUGUUUGUAAAGUAUUUCAAAGUGCAGCUUAGCUUAGGAUUUUACCAGAUAUAUCAUACCCAUUAUGUCAUUAAAAACAAACAAAAUACAACUCUAUGGGCUUAUUGCCUUCCUUUUCAUAGAAGCCCAGAAAUCUCAAAUUGCUUGAUUUUUCUUCUUGAAAACCUAUUUCAGUGUGGAAAUAAGAAACUUUUACUUAAUAUUGAAAUGUUAACUAUUUGUGCUUCGAAUUCAGGAAGUAACAUUAGCAUUUAAUAUUACUAACUGAACUUCUAUUUCUCUUAAUCAUUUUUGGAUAGAGCAUUUUAAAUGGCACCAAAUCUAUUAGAAAUAGUUCUAGAGAAAGAAGAAGUUCUAUUCAGAUGCAGACCUGAGCUGAGCUGAAGACAAUAUUGGAAAUGGGAGAGUUCUCUUUUGGCUUUCUUUUCACCUCAAGACAUGGAGUACCUGUAGCUUAACUUUAGUGCAAGUAAUUUGAAACUAUUGUUUACCUUUCUGCUGGAAACAAGGUCUCCAACAGCAACAGAUUAGACUAAUCUGUACAGACCAAUGCCUAAGAACCUUACUCUAUUAUCUGGCAAAUACCUAAAUGCACCUAAUGUCUGCUAUAAUGGAACUUGUCUCAAGUGACGGAAGUCUGACAAAGCAAUUUAAGAGGAGUGGAAUAAUAGCAGCAGCAGCAGCUCUGGUAUCCAGCUCUCAAUUAGCAAGUGUUACUAGAGGAAUGGCUUGCUCAGUUCUACAUAGCAUUGUGAGGAGCAAAAGUCAGAUAACAUGAUUGUGUUAUUUCUUUAAUCUUGGCUUACAUUGUUCUUCCUAAAGUAAAUACAUCAACCAAUUAAAGGAGAACCCUUAACUUCACAUAUAUGCCGAUUUUGACCACCUUGGGUCUAAACUGUGGCAAAGACUUUCUUGUAUAUAGUUAAAUUUCUUUUCUAUCUUAAAAUAUUAUUUUGUACUUCACAGUCCUUGCUAAUCUUGCCGAUAAUAUGCAGCUUUCUGAAUGACCUCAGUAGUACAUGUAAUACUGUUAGCUAUCUGAGCACAGCUGGUCCUGGUAAGAAUAGUGCAUGAGACUGUCACAAGCACAUGUUGAAAUCUGGUGCCAUUCCAGUUUUGUAUACUUUGUCUUUUGAUGCUUCUGUUUAUCUGCUUUUCAGAACUGUGAUCAGAAAAACCUCAGUCAUCUUAUUUCCUCAUUUGACUUCAGGUUUGUGAAGCCAAAACUUCCUUUUCUUCUUCCAACCAUUUUGCGUUGGCUCAAGAGCUCAUUUGACCCUGUGACCCUGAGAUGAGUUCUUACAAUUACAAAGACAGUGAAAACAUCCAGCAAGAAAGCUGGCUUGUGGUAAGACUUCCCUGUUCUGGUAUUGGCAAGCUGUGAUGUCAGCAUUUGUCAACAGCUGUAAUUUAGGUUAGUGAUAAAUUGAUGAAGCUCUCCUAGAACUGAUUGAAAUGGCACUUAAACAUGCUAGUAGUGCUUUCCUGAAAUAGGGUCCUGUGCCAGUGGCCAUAAUCGGGAUGCUGGGCUGUGUAAUUAUUUGUUUGAAAUUGACUUUCUUCUCUUUCUUGAUGUCGCAAGCUUAAAAAACUUUUCUAGACAUGAACUUCAUUAGUGGCUGUUGCCAUCCAAAAAAGAUGAUCUGUGUUCAUGGCCUGAAGGCAUACCCAAAUCACACAACAGCUGCUUCCUAGGUUCUGUUCUAAUAUUAUUACUUGCAGCAUAUGUGAGAGCAUAGUUUGAAACAUUCUUUAAAUUACCAAUAUUAGAUUUUUAAAGCCUACAUUUAUAACGCUUUUGAACUUAGAAUUUUGUAUUGGCAGUUAUUUGAUUUACCAAGUCUGUGAUUACAAACAGCAAGCUUGUACCCCAGCAAGCUCUAUUACAAUUUUCCUACUGGGUGUAAGUAUGUCUGCAUUUUUCUCAUUCAAAGUUCUGUAUUGAAAAUACUUCUAAAGCAACAAAACCCAGGGUGUUUUACAGUUCCACAGAAGAAGGAUAAUGCUGUGUUCUUAUUUAAAGUAAAUGAGGCCUCAAAACUUCACCCAAGCAUUUCUAUGGCUGGAUUUAACAAAGAACUUUUUUACCAAACAUUGAAAUUAAGGUAAUUUCAAAUAGUUGAGAUUAAUUCUCAGGGCUGACUAGUGAUAAAAAAAAUAAAAUAAAAUCGAAGCUUCUUAGAAAUUUCUUGUAAAAUAAUGUUUGUUAUGAUUUUUUGGCUAGAAGUGGUUUCUCUAUCAGUUGUCAGGUUGAUGCUUUUUAUCACUUAAUUUUAUAGGAUUUACUAUUAUGUAAUUAGCUCAUUAUGUGGGGAGGUGCUGGGGCUGCUGAAUAUCUCCGGGGUGGGGAGGAGAGAGGAAGGGUUCUAUCUGAUUGCACCACAAAGGAACUUGGUGGGAUCGUAAUGGGCAAACAGUUGUUGGCAGGGAUGGUAAUCCGGGGUUGUGGAAGAGCCAUCAGUUCCAGAUUCCUUUCUGAGGAAAUAGACCCCACACUUAGGUGAGGUGAAGGAGAAAGGGAGACAAAAGGUGGAAGAGCUCUCUUUUCUUCUGGGUACCCAAAUUAAACAUAUAUUUAUUGAAUUUAUAAGAAGGCAUAAACUUCUAAAAACUUGUUUUUGCAGGAUGUUUAUCCUCACUGAGGUAAGAAUAUAACAAAAAAUGCUUAGGUAUAUAGAAUCAUUGAGGCUGGAAAAGACCUCCAUGGUCACCUGGUCCAACCAGCAGCCAAUACCACCAUGCCCUCUAAACCAUGUCCCUUAGUGCCACUUCUACUCGUUUCUUGAACACUUUCAAGGAUGGUGACUGCACACACAUGGUUUUGGCCUAAUUCUGGUAUAAUUGUCAAUAAUAGCAAACUGUCACAACAUCAUGUCUGUAAAUUUACAUCAACGUAGUUAUUGUAUCUUGUUUAAUACUUUCUUGUUCUUUAGCAGUUGUUAUUUUAAUACUUUUAUUGUGGUUGCUGUUUGUCCACGUUGUCUAGAAUCUUGCCUACAUAUAACCAAUUUAUGCUUAAUAUGUUAACUGAAAAUAAAUACUAUACCCUUUAA